GGGGCAGCAUCCAUAUCCAGGCUGGGGGAGAAAGGCGUCUUCAGCGCACUUGCCUGGGGGGUGGGUUUGAGGAAGCUGGGCUCUCCGCUGCUUUGGGAUCAGAGAGGAACUUUGGGUCAGUUGGCUGGGACAGGAGGGAGGGAGCCAACAGUCCUUCAAGGGCCAAAUUAAACUGUAGGCACCUGGGAGCUAGGCUUAUCCUGGCCCAUUAAAGAAGAUCUAGCCGGAGUGGGAUGGGAGGGCAGAAAGAAAGGAGUGUUGGGCUCCAGGUUGGAGAUUUUAGGGGCCUUACAGGGCCUCCCUUGUAUGGUGCCUUAAGAGGAAGUCCUCUAGGCCUUUCAGUGAUUGGCAUCUCCAAUCUGGAUGGCUGUCCCUGGGAAUAGUGGCAGGAGGAAGGUGAAAUUGCUGGGAACAGAUUACACCAAGAGGUUGAGGGUGUUAGCAACUCCCUGUGUGGUGCCCUCCUGCCUUACCCCCCACCCCUACCCCCCCACGCCCCAUCCAAAGGUGAAGACAGGCCCCUCUGCUGAUUCUUCCCCCUUUCUCUUCAGGACCAGCCCACCCCCUCCCAGGCCCUUCCUCAUUGGAACUCUCAGGCCCCAGUGGUUCCAGUGAGGGCAGGGCCUGAGCUGGAGCAGGCUGGCAGCUCUGGGCCCCAAACCGGUUUUCCCACCUCAGCUGAGGCUGGCACAUCACCCCUGUGGUUCCCUGCCCCCACCUCCUUGCGGUUCUUCCUCUCUCCACCCUGGAAUGUUGGGGGGCAGGGGCGGCGGUGGUGGCAGGUAUCCAAGUCAUCUUUUUAAACAAGAAGGUGGAGUGACUGUUCCACACUUGGCCUUCCGUACCUCUGGCGUUCCAGGCCUUGAAGACUUCAAAGCUAGGUAACAGCAAAAAGAAGUUGGGAUUCCUAGCCCCAGUGGGGUUCCCAUCUGAGCCUUGGAGGAUGGGACAGGGAAGCCCAGCCUACCCCCUGACCUGCUCUGGAGUAAGUAGAGGCGAGCCGUGUCCUUCUCCCCGUGUGCCCCUGACCGAUCCAAGUCCACCUCAAAUACCAACAAGGCAGAUCACUUCCGUUUGUCUCCUGCCAACAACACCUCUUGCUGAAACAGGCCAUCUCAUUAAUCAGCUCACAUUAACAGGGCUCUUGCUGUGUGCCAGGCUCAGUGUUAAGUGCUUAAAUGCUCCCAAAGCCUCCGUGAGGUAGGUAAAACUGUGAGAAAACAUGUACAGGAGGUUCAGUAGUGGGCCCAGAGGCACACCACUAGUCUGGCAGAAGCAAGCUCUCUCCCAGGCUGACCCUAGGAGUGCCCUUCACCAAGGAAUUCCUAACCCUGACCGUAUUCCUAAAGGAGUUGGUUACUGACUCUCGGGUUUAGGUUUUCUAGCACGUUGGUCUGUGUGGUAGGUUCAUUUUUAAGAGUUUGUCCUUUCUGGCAUGGAAUAAAUUUUAAUAUAAAAAGUGAAAAAACAAAAACCCAGUUUCUAACAGGCAGAAAAAUAGCUCUGAGCAGGGGAUGAGUGCUGUGUAAAUGUCUAAAGGAGCUCUUGAACCACCUGUACCCCAAACAUAGGUCUUCUCUAAGUAUUCUUUCCCAUCUCCCUAUUAUCCAAAAGGGAUAAGUAGGUGAGAACCAUCCCCGUUUCACGGAGGAAACAGGGUUAGGAACUUGACCUGAGCUCUAGUGUUCUCCCUGAGAGUCAGGGUUACAUGUGAAAUGCCCCACCAGGAUACUACUGGAAGGGGGGGAUGGCGAGCAGUUUUAUGGGAAUGCCCAUAUGAGCCCAAACCUUCAAGGGGGGACCUGGCAAUGAGGCGCUGACACACAGCUUUUCACACAGUCCAGUUGUGAAGUAGCGGGUGGCUAACGAUGGACCCCCAGAUUAAGCUGACAAACACUGGGAUGCUACCUUCACUUGGAACUGAUUGCAAAAGGACCCUGGAGGGGGAUCCUAGCCCUGGGGAUGCUGAGGGUUCUGGGAGCCUGGUUGGCUUUGGCAGGUCCCAGAGUGGGCCAGUGUCUGGUCAACAGGUGGCGUGAACACAGAGAUGAUUUCUUGGGAGGCGGGGAAGACCAACGGCCUUUUCAAGCUGGGGCCUGAGAGGAGGUAGCGGGACAGGAAAAACCACAACUCCCAGAAGCCCCUGCUCCUUGGCGAGUCUGGCCAUGGUUGCCAUGGUUUCGGAAAACAAUAUGGCCGCUCCCAGCUGGGACGCGAGUGUUUAGGUUAGAGAGGCAGAGUACUCGGGCGGCGGCAGUGGCGAGAGAGGAAACUUUUGAGGGAUUGUGAGGUUGAGGCUGGACGCUACACAGCUGGAACGGCCUGACCUUCCUGAGGGCGCCAAUGGCAGGCAGCGUGGACGAGGAAGCGCUGCACCAGCUGUACCUGUGGGUAGACAACAUCCCUCUGUCCCGGCCCAAAAGAAAUCUCUCUCGGGACUUCAGUGACGGAGUCCUGGUUGCAGAGGUCAUCAAGUUUUAUUUUCCCAAGAUGGUGGAGAUGCACAAUUAUGUCCCUGCCAACUCUGUCCAGCAGAAGCUGAGCAACUGGGGUCACCUGAACAGGAAGGUGCUGAACAAGUUGAACUUCUCGGUACCAGAGGAUGUGAUGCAUAAGAUCGCCCAGUGCGCCCCGGGUGUGGUGGAGCUGGUGCUCAUUCCUCUGAGGCAGCGCCUGGAGGAGCGGCAGAGGCGAAGGAAGCAGGGCACAGGCUCCUUACAGGAACUGGCUCCCCAGGAUGGCACUGACUACAUGGAUGUGGGUUUGUCCCAGAAGGCCCGAGGGGAAGGUGCCCCAGACCCCCAGGGAGGGGGGCAGCUCAGGACAGGCCGGCUGCCUGGGCCCCGACCAUCGCCGGGGUAUAGCCAGACGCUGCAAGGCGACCCAAGCUUCGUCCUCCAGAUCGCUGAAAAGGAGCAGGAGCUGUUGGCUUCGCAGGAGACUGUGCAGGUCCUGCAGAUGAAGGUGAGACGCUUGGAGCACUUGCUCCAGCUCAAGAACGUGCGCAUCGAAGACCUUUCCAGGCGGCUCCAGCAGGCGGAGCGUAAGCAGCGGUGAGCCAAGGCCCCAGCCUCAUGGGGACAUCCUCAUAUCCACCAAGGCCCAGAUGCCGCAACCGACACACCCAUACACCGACGGACAGAUGGUCAGGAAGAGCCAGCGGCUCCAGUGAGCCUCUUGGAACACGAGUGCCCCUCUUCCUUGGGGUGCAGGUGAACGUGGGGGGAUGGUGGGACAGGAACCCUCCAAGUAGAGCCCAGAGACUGAGCCAUCUCCUUCUACUCCAUCCGGGUCAGGUGGAUGGACUACUUUCCAGAACCUAAAAGCCACAUGCAGAGACCUGCGUGCACCCCAAAGCAUUGCCUAGCAAUGGGGGCUCCACCUUGGUGCUCCUUGUGCUGGGCUUUGGGGGGUGGUCCCCCCACUUGGUCCACACCCAUAGAAUCGAGUCCCUGCCCAACUCUCAGGACAGUGGUGUCUCCAUCCAGGCUAGUCCUCUGUACCCUUGGCCAUGAGGGAAGAUGCCCCAGACCACUGAGGGGCUUCCUUGCCCCUCCUGGGCACUCACCUGGGACCCAACUGAAGGCUGGAGAGUCCAGCAGCUAAAGAGGAAGGGGUGAGGAGCUCAGCCAGGAGUGGGGAAGACACGGGCUGUGCCUGUUCCAAUUGCCCUCCCCUCCCAUGGGGUAUGUUGUGAAGUUCUGGGGGCUGUGGGUCUGGGUUGCCCCCAUUAAAGAUAUGCUCUCCCUGCCUUCUCUUCUCUGAGGACAGUGAGUUCCUGUCCCCCUUGAGUGAAAGUGGAAGAGCCUGUGGGCCCAGAGUGGAUCUCACCUUGUGGAUGGCUGGGCCCUGAGUGGCCACUGCUUGGUCGGGUGAUGAUGCCACCAGAGGUUAGGUCUUGUGCACUAGGACAGUCUGACUUCUAACUCUGGCCUUAGACUACCCUCCAGUAUCCUCUAACCCAACCACAAACUCAGGCUUCAUAUUCUCCCCAUAUGUAGCCACACCGUCACCCUCAACCCUGCUUAUAGACUCAACCCUAAAUUGGUCCUCUACAUGACUCCCAAUUCUGCUUACAGACUGAGUCCAAGUUCUGUGGAUCAAGGGUAAGCUUGACUUCCAACCCUGAUCAAGAUACCAUGGCCUUCGUGUGAUCCUAACUCUGAUCAUCUACUGACCUCCCCGUAACACUGAACAUUUGAAAAUCCUGAGAUCCCACAGUUCUAUUCCUAGGCAUAUACUCAACAUACCGAGGGGAAACUGAAGCUCUUGUAUCCUGUGUUCUGGGACCCAUGUACUGCAAUGUUCAUAGCAACUCUUUGUAAUAGCAAAAGAACUAAAAAGA